UUUCUUGACUUUAUCCACGGAAUGGUUUUUGGUUUUAUUUUUUAUUGUGUGACACUGAACACACUCUAUACUACACGGUAAAACUCUAAAUACAGCGAUAGAGCAGUCUUGCAUUACUACACUACGCGAUUGGCUUGAAAAACUGGCGCCAUUUUCGCCUCGCCCACGUUUUCCCGCGCUUUACGUCGCUCCAUGCAUUUGCUUCGAGUUUUGAUUGGUUCACUGGAUUGUCUGUGUCCUCUGUGAUUGGCCAGAGUGAUUACGUUGCUUUCCCGCCCUAUCACACACCAAGCAAGUUUUACAGUUAUUGAUUGAACAUCAUCUCUCAGGCCGGCUUCACGGGGACCCAUACCUUGGUCAAUCAGGUUAUCUGGGUUCAUGAUGAUAAUUUGACAAUUUCAAUUAAUAAAGAAAAAAAUGUGAGUCAUACGCUUCUGUCUGAUAGUCUCUCACGCCUAAAGUAUAACAAAACCAACUUAAGCAGUUUUUGUUGCGCUAUAAAUAUAUAAUCCUUUCAAAUUAACGACUCGCUUUAAAAGGUGACAAUGGCUUUGCGGAAUUCUACAAAUAUUGUAUAUAUUUCAUUAAACAAAACUCUUUAUUGGCUGGUAAAUAAACUAGAAUUGCAAGAUCGGGUUUUCGAGCCGCCUUUAUUGUUACCGCUCUUUGACUUGUUAUGCAUCCACGAGAUACUCGCUGACAGAACGACCUUUUGGCUUCAUUGCGUUAAUGGAAAUCUUACCAAACAAAACUGACAAAAUGCUUCCGAGGAUUAAAACCACUCUGUUAUCACGAGAAGAGAUAGAAACAGCAGGUCGAGAUUUUUAUUGAUAUUUUCAACUCAAACGAUGGACCUUUCUGUUUAAAUAUUCGUUCAAAUUAACCGGUUACUAAAGAGAAUUUUCUUGCUGUAAAUUAUUUUGUGUACUCUUCAAACCAGUUAAACUUCAACGUCUCCAUUUCUAAAGAAAAGAGAUUUGUAAACCCUUGAUUCUUCAUUCGCCCUGAGCCUAGAACAAGAAGAGUUGUUAAUUGUUUCUAUUAAAUGACACGUCUUAUCGUAGAAAUAAUUUAUUUUUGGACAGGUGCGCACUCAAAAAAAAAAUUCUCCUUGCAUAAACUGAAGAGAAUUUGCAUAAUUGUCAUCUCUGCACGAAACCAGCCGCAAAAAGCAACGUUUCGCACGAUCACAAAUUGAAGCUGAGCUGAGUUGACUUCACCGUUACAGCAAAAACACAAAAUGGCGUACCAAAGAACAGAGUACGCGGACAAAACCAUGUUUAUGAACUCAAUGGCGGACAGAAAACUCAAGAUUCAACUGAACUCCAUAAACUACCACAAGGACUCAAUUGGCAAGGAAAUAGACCGCGAGAAAAAAAAGAUUCAAAAAGAGCUCGCAGAGGCGGAAAACCAUACGAGGAAUCGGUUGUGUUUGCCCGAUGCCUCAUCGCCAAGCGACGGCGCAAAGAAAUUAAGCCCUCGCUUGCCGCGGCGGUACAGCACACCGCAAGUUUUGUUGUCGGCCACAAUGUCUUCCCGUGAUCUAUCCGACAUCGAUAAACGUUCACCCGCGGCUAACAGGCGCAGGAUUUCUUCCGAAGGGACCUCGGAUAUUGGAAUGAGAGAACGAUCGUUGAUGAGUCCAACCCGACCAUUAAGUCCAACUUCACAAUUCCUUCUACCUCCGCUGAAUCAGCCACGGAGGCAAUCUUUGCCACCUAUUAGCGCGGGUGGAUCCCUUGUUGCCGUUGAUACAGCUAGAGAAGGACUCAGUGCAAGCUCAGCGUCAACUCGAAGAGGAAGCACAGCCGGGAGCAAAUCACCUCGAGGUUGUCUGUCACCAAGUUCUUCAAGUCCCCGCGGGUCGCCCCGAAAAGGAAGUGCUGCCAACGAAGGAGAGCUGGAAGAAGUAGCGAGUAAGGUGAAUCGGUUUUUACAAAGACUGGACUUAGGUAAACAAGAAGAAACACCGAAUAUCGACUCUAAAGAGGAGGAAGAGGAAGACUUAACUGAUGAAGGAGAAAAUGAAUUUAUUCAUCCCUUGACUGACAGGACCGUGAAAAGAGCAUCGAUUUUUCAGCCUUCAAACUUUGAAUAAUAUCUCUUUCUCAAGUUUCCAGCUCUUGAAAACCAAAUAUAUAUUGUAUAUAUUCGACGAAUUGGUGCUCCGAGUUAUUUAAACGAAUUUCGUUCCCGUUUAAUACAGUUAACUUAAACAUUAGAGAGUUUAUAUCCUCACAGGGAACGCGGAAAACAGUUUCGAGAGAAAUUCUCAACGGCGAGAGAUUUCACUGCAGAUUAACAGAUGGUAACAAUAUUGCAGGACAAAAAAAAAGCAACAAUAGUUUGUAAAACGAGACAAAAAUUUGAAGUUAAAGUUCAGCUGUACUAAAUAGGUAAAGCUCAACACCAUUGACAAAAUAAAAAUGCGACUGAACGUAUAAAGUAGUGCGGGCAUUGCAGAGGGGUUUUUUUUGCAUCGUCAACUGAUUCAUGAAUUCACAAAAUCGUUAAUUCCGGUUUGAACGAAGUAUUAUUUUUCGUCGCCUCUUUUCCUUCCAUUUCGAAUCCUGAGUGAUACAUCUAUACGUGUAAUGGGUUGCAGAAAUAAAUUGUGAAAUAAACUUAGCGAUCAGUCGAAUCAGUAAUAAACUAAACGAGGGAAUUAAGA